AAAUUCUUCAAUUUUCUCGGACACUCACAAACUGCUCAACAAUCCAGUGGGUCUCCAUUCUCCAUGGUGACCCUCUGGCAAGGUGAUUCGGCCACCCCGGGGCGUGGGUCUCCAUCGUACUCUGCUUCGCUGCUUGGAGUUUAAUCAAACAACAGACCCCAACUACCAACGGUCACAUGCGAUCAGAUCUCAAUGACUUCAGUAGAUGUUCGUUCACUGCUUCUCUUCUCUGCACUUUUUCGUGUCGUUCUGAUUGUAUAUGGAGAAUGGCAAGAUAGCCAUAUGGAGGUUAGAUACACGGAUGUUGAUUACCUCGUCUUUUCUGAUGCUGCUUCUUUAAUGGCUUCGGGGGAUUCUCCUUAUAAAAGAACAACAUAUCGGUACUCUCCUUUGCUCGCUUUUCUGCUGAUUCCAAAUUCAAUCAUUCAUCGCUCAUGGGGGAAAUUUCUCUUCUCAGCUUCAGAUUUACUUGUGGGCUUGUUUAUCCGAUCUAUUUUGAAGCUACGGAGGGUGCCUGACAAACUAUGCACCUUUUCUGUAAUGGUAUGGCUCCUCAAUCCAUUUACCUUCACCAUUGGAACCCGUGGGAACUGUGAGCCCAUUGUUUGUGCCAUGAUUUUGUGGAUCAUUAUCUGUCUUAUGAAUGGUAAUGUGUUACAAGCUGCAUUUUGGUAUGGGCUUGUUGUCCAUUUUCGAAUUUAUCCUAUCAUCUAUGCACUUCCUAUUAUCCUGGUUCUUGAUCCACACAUCUGCCAAUCUGGUCAGAAGCCAGUCCUUAGUUAUUGGACUGCUGGUCGAGGAAAGACAGCACAAAGUAGUACAGAUGUGACUUAUCACUGCAAUAUGUGGACUGUAUUGAGGAAAAUAUUUACAAGACAGAGAGUUAUGUUUGGCCUGGUAUCUGGCAUUGUUUUCCUCUCUUUUACUGGUUUUUUCUUCUACUUAUACGGACGGGCGUUCUUACAUGAGGCACUGCUGUACCAUCUUACUCGUACAGAUCCAAGACACAACUUCUCUAUCUAUUUCUAUCACAUAUAUCUCCAUUAUGAACAUGAGAUUUCAGUGGUGGAAAAGCUCAUCUCUUUUUUGCCUCAGUUCCUGGUGCAGCUGGUUCUUAUUUUCUGCUUUGCGCAGGAUAUCCCAUUCUGUUUUUUUGUGCAGACAGUGGCAUUUGUGGCAUUCAAUAAGGUAAUUACAGCACAAUACUUCGUGUGGUUCUUUUGCUUGUUGCCUCUGAUACUACCAUGGAGCAAUAUAAAGCUUAAAUGGGAAGGCAUAUGCUGCAUAUUUGUAUGGAUGGGAGCUCAAACCCAUUGGUUGAUGUGGGGCUAUAUGCUUGAAUUCAGAGGCAAGAAUGUCUUCCUACAGCUUUGGAUGGCAAGCUUGGUGUUUCUGGCUGCCAAUACUUUUGUUCUUAUCAUGAUUAUCCGCCGUCACCGACACUCUCCCGUGUUUAAAUGGGUAGAGCAUGCAAGUUCCAAAAAUGCAAUAAAACAUGAGUGAGGAACUCAGCUCCAUGAGUGAUGAAACUUGAGGAUCUUUAUUCAUCACAAUUUUGCCAUUGCUUUGUUAUUUUGGGACCUCUGGUGUUGAGCAAUUUCUUUGCUAUUGCUUUGGGAAUCUGUAAACAAUGCUUUAUCAUUUGAGAAAUCUUAACCGAGUUAUAGUAAA